CAGGCGGUCGUCUAGCCAUCCUCCUGACAGUAAAAACCCGACGCUGGCGCUUGUUCAGCGCUCAUAAUGAAUUUAUCCCGUCCACGCCUGCGCAGUCACCAUUCAUCUUUGAAUCUCCUGCGAAGGAGAAAGCAGCAGGCGGCUCUCGCUGGUGUCUAGCUGGAGAGCGCUUUGACUGAACGUCUUGGAUUUGGUCCCGUCAACGAGAGUCAGAGCUGUGAAACUGUGCCUGGUAUCAACGCGUGUUUGGAUAUCUUUUCCCACUACAGUAACACUUCAACCAUUCAAGAGAAACAGAUGGAGCUGUGCGCCGGGUCAGGGGGAAAUAGCAGGCACCUGGGAACCCAGUGAAUCACAGCACUGGAGAAAACAAGUGGGAGAAGUCUAGAGAAGUGAGGCAGUCAUCCUCACUCAGUCCCCACAGGGAUAUUCUCAUCCCAACAAGCAAGGUAGAGGUUCCGAACCCAUCCUGAGACCGCAACACCGGGCCAGAGGGACAGAGGGACAAGAGGAAAGUACUGCGCAAGGUGAGACAGAGGGAAGCAGGUCAGGUCUGUAGGCAGGGGGCUCUGAGGGGAGCGUAUGAGGAGGAGUCAGAGAGCAGAGGAGACCCCUGACCUGUCCUGACAACACAGAGCUGCCCCGGCAACACACCCGGGCCACACAAGGAGACGGACAAGGAGCACCCACUCCUUUCGCAGGCAUGAGGUCCUUCCGUUCGUUCGGUAAUGAUGACCGCCACGUCAUGGCCAAACACUCCACCAUCUACCCAUCGUCGUCUGAACUGGAGGCGGUCCAGACCCUGGUGUCCACCGUGGAGGGUGCCCUCAAACACGUCUCUGAUUGGAUAGACCAGAGCAAUGUCCAAUCGGUGCAGAGUAACAGCCAGGCAGACGCAGCAGCCGGCCAGACAGACGGCCAGCCGAACCCCACAGACAGCACAAUGACAGAGGACGGUAGUGCUGACCAUGACGACGACCUUAACGACGACCCCGACGUUAGUCCCAGCGCCAGCCCAGAUGACUGCACAGACAGCAGCUGCAGGGAGCCCGGUGGAGGUGUGCUGUGUGGGGUGAUGAGGAUCGGCCUGGUGGCUAAAGGGCUGCUCAUCAAACAGGACAUGGAUCUGGAGCUGGUGCUGAUGUGUAGAGAGAAACCCACUGAUGCACUGCUGUGCACUGUCUGUGACAACCUGCCCCUGCAGAUACAAAAGUUAACCGAAGACAAGUAUGAGGUGCAGCGCUGUGUGCCAGAGGCAGCCAUCUUGGUGUGUAGUACGACAGAGCCAAAACUCACCCUGAAGGUCACCCUCACCUCCCCGCAGAUGAGAGAGGACAGCGACGCGGACGAACAAGUGGAGGGUGUUGAGCUGACAGACCCGGCAGACAUGCUGGACAGGCACAGAUGCCUGGUGGCCCUGGCGGCUCUGCGACAUGCCAAAUGGUUCCAGGCCAGAGUAAACGGGUUGAAGUCGUGUGUCAUCAUCCUCAGGAUCCUGAGAGACAUGUGCAAUAGACGACCAGCCUGGGAGCCGCUGAAAGGAUGGCCCCUGGAGCUGAUCUGUGAGAAGGCCAUAGCCACGUGUAACCGGCCGCUUGGUGCAGGGGAGGCCCUCCGUCGGGUCAUGGAGUGUCUCGCCUCAGGAAUCCUCCUUCCAGGAGGACCAGGGUUACACGACCCGUGCGAGAAGGAGCUGACCAACACCCUAACGGCCAUGACAGACGAGGAGGCAGAGGCCAUCACAUACAGUGCACAGCACGCUCUGAGACUGAUGGCGUUCGGUCACAUCUACAAGGUGCUGGAGAUGGACCCUCUCCCCUCUAGUAAACCCUCCCAGAAGUACCCCUGGUCAGACAGGGAGGGCUCAGGGCUGAAGAGGCCCUACGAGGAUGGGCCCACGGACGACAAAGACCUCAUCAAGAAGAUGAAGAGGAACCUGAGGAAAGUCCUCGACAGCAAAGCAAUAGACACCAACCAACCAAUGAAUGCUCUGAUGCGUCUGAAUCAGAUACGUCCAGGUCUGCAGUACAAGCUGCUGUCCCAGUCCGGCCCGGUCCACGCUCCUGUCUUCACCAUGUCUGUAGACCUAGACAGCACCGUCUACGAAGCCUCGGGCUCCUCCAAGAAGACCGCCAAGCUGCAUGUCGCUGUCAAGGUUCUGCAGGCGAUGGGUUACCCCACAGGGUUCGAUGCAGACCUGGACUGCAGUGCAGACGAGAAAUCGGACGGAGAGGGGAAGAGCGAAUCAUCUACACACUCAAGCAAUAACACAGCACACUCAGACAACUCAAAUACACUGGAGGUCCGAACUCAGGGUCCUAUUCUGACGGCCAGCGGUAAGAACCCUGUCAUGGAGCUGAACGAGAAGCGCAGGGGUCUGAAGUACGAGCUUAUAUCAGAGAGCGGGGGCAGCCACGACAAACGCUUCGUCAUGGAGGUGGAGGUGGAUGGUCAGAAGUUCCGUGGGGCGGGGCCUAAUAAGAAGGUGGCGAAGGCUUCGGCUGCGUUGGCUGCUCUGGAGAAACUCUUCUCUGGCCCCAACGCCGCCGCCGCCAACAACAAGAAGAAGAAGAUCAUCCCACAACAUGCCACUAAAGGAGCCCUAGCUGCAGCGGCAGCCUCAGCAGUAGCAGCCCAGGUGGCCAGAGGGAGAGGUCGAGCCUUCGUCAGCGCUGCCGCACCAGGGUACACACAGAUACCAGGCUUCGGGACUCCAUAUGGAUACAGUGCCGCAGCCGCCCCAGCCUACGGUGGUCUUUUCAUUGACAAUCCUUUUUACCAGCCUCGGACCAUCGCACCAUUUAUUAUUCAUUUGGGUCCUCAAGAUCUCUUCUCUGACUUCUAGAACCAUCAGGUUGUGUGGCUUCUAAACUGUCGUACCUACAGUCCCGCUAAGGAGCUUGACCUUUGACCCAGCAGGCUGUCUGUCCGUCUCCCACCGUACGGUACAGAGCCAGCGAGCGGUCAAACCGAACUCCUCUCACUCUGUUCUGUCUCCUCACAACCCAAAUCAAAGGAAACAAACCUUUAAAAAAAGCAAUACUUGAUUUGACUUUUUUGACUCUCAGCUGCAUCAAAACUGAAGGCUGAGUACCUUGGUCUUUUAGUCUCUUUCUUAUAUAGCAAUACUACACCUGAACUUUUUGGCUUCAAGCUUUACUUGAGAUGAUGACGUGAAUGUUCAAUUGAGUCUUACCCAAACACAGCAUUGCAAUAGGUCAUUUCAACUGUAUAUUCACUGUGUGUAUGUAUGUGUGGCUAUACCAUGGAAUAUAUGCAUAUAUAUGUGUAUGGUAUGUGUUCCUAGAAAUAUAUAUAUUACAUGUGCUGAAACUAUUUAGGGUGUACGCGUGUGUAAAUAUGAUAUACUUAUUGUUGGUAUAAAUUAUUUUAGAUUUACAAAAGUGAAAUGUAAUUAUAAUCCCACAGUAUAGCUUUCUUCUUCUUCCAGUUUUAUAUACACUAAGCAAUUUACUCUACUCUAGUACUAGGACAAUGCAAUAUGAAACGUGUUUCUUAAUUAACAGACUAGCGUAGUGAUGCUUCCUUUUCUUUUACCCCGAUGUCUAUCUCAUCUGAUCCUUUCUGGACACGCUCAAGUCUCUCUGGUCUAAGGCUCGCUAGCACAGCCCGGUCAGUCGAGAGUCGCUCGCUCACUCAACCUAGCAACCCUUACCGCCCUCUCUAACACACACACACACACACACACACACACACACACACACACACACACACACACACACACACACACACACACACACUUCCUAUGUAACAGCACACAUUACUUUCCUGUUGACUUCCGGUCAGAAAGCACACUUCUCUACUCAGUGGAACAUUUCUCAUUGCUCCACUGCUAACAGGCGUACGCUAGUGGAGGUUGCUGGGGGGGGGUCAUAAUAAUGGCUGGAACGGCGCGGACGGAAUCGCGUCAAACACAUGGAAACCAUGUGUUCGAUGUAUUUGAUACCGUUCCACUGAUUCCUCUCCAGUCCUUUCCCCGAGCCCGUCCUCCCCGCAUUAAGGGGCCACCCCUGUACUAUACUGCUCCAUACUAACCUGGGGGUCUGUUGGACAACUAGAGUAUCUGAACACUGAAACCUCCUCACAGGACUACAUUACUCAGAGGACCAGCCACAGUCCUCUCUCUCUCUCUCUCUCUCUCUGGCCUACAGCAUAACGUGGGACCAAAAGCACAGUUCACAGUUUGUUAGCUUGCAAAGGGGCUUAGUUCACAAUCCGUUUGUACAACUGUUGUACAAUGUGCAGGCAAACUCACGAAAAGGGGGUAUUUUGGAUCACAACCAAUGUGUCAAAUGUAUUAUGCAUCGGUUUCACAAACCCGAGCGUGGACUGAGUGGAGCUACUCGGACAAUCCAACACACAGGGCCCCACUGCUGCGUCUGUCAACACAGUCGCAGACCAACCAGCCUUGCCCCCACGGAACAGUCCAACCACACGUGAAUAGCUACAUCUAAUUCAACGGAUAGUCCGCCUUAUACACUAUACACUAUAUACUAUAUACUAUAUACUAUAGCUCUACUGUAGAAAGACAGACGGGACCCAGUCAUUUCAUAACCCCCUGCUUUACCCUCUCUAGUAUAGUCUUUUGUCUAUACUAUAUAGUAUAAUAUACUACCUAUAGUAGGCAGUAUGCUAUAUCUAACUGAGAAGGUGAAGCCAUAGUAAGCUGUAGUUGAUAUAUGAGUUUGUGUGCGGUUAAAUUAGCGUAUGGUGGUAAAGUAAAACUACAGUGCCUAGCAAAGAUUUACCAACCCAGCAUCAAGGCCAUAUUACCUGGUCUUGAAUCACUACAACCGUCCUGUAUCCAGAUGGAUGGAUCACAAAGUACAGGAUAAGGUAAAUGAAUGUUGUUGUUUUUUAAAGCUUAUUUAUAUGAAAGCUGCUAAAAAUGUUAACCCCCCCCCAAAAAAAAUCAACAUUUUGCUAGUGCAUUCUGCAAUAUCACUUUUGUGUUUUUCAAAUAGAGGCGCUAGGCUGAUACAAACAUACCCAUAACCACAUGAUCUGAAAACUGGCACAAUACACAUCCAAAAGGGGAAUGCAUGGUUUUAAGGUGUGCUCGUAUUUGAAUGUCCCGAAACAUUGAAGCAAAGCUUUAAUAGCACUGGUUGGUGGGUCAAAUCUUUUCACAAACACACGCGGUACUGUAUGUAUUUAUGUAUGUAGCUUCAGUUGGUGAGAGCUUCUGAUGUUUUGUCCUCAUCACCUUUUGGGAUGUUCAACACAACAGCCUUAAAAAAAAACAAAAAAACAACUGCGGUCAGAAGGAAACUGCUGAAAUAUUGCAGGAAGUACAUGAAAUGCUUUGAUUCUUCUUCCUUGAUCUUCGUGGCAGUUUGAUCUUCAGUGUUUUUGUCAUUUUAAAUGUUGUCCUUUUUAUUUGAAUUUUUUUUAAAAUAAUGUGGGAAAGCUAUUGAGCCUCAGUGUAACUUUCAAGACGAAUAACUUACAGGAUUUCAAUCCUGGUGGGGCCAUACUUGUGAACUUUUUCUCAGUCUCAAAAUGAACAUCAGCCAAUUAAAAUGGUUGAGGUACACCGACUAUACCAAACCUUAGGAACACCUUCCUAAUAUUCAGUUGCACGACUUCAGUUCGUCAGGGCAUGGAUUCUACAAGGUAUCGAAAUUGUUCCACAGGGAUCCUGGCCUGUGCUUCCCACAGUUGUGCCAGGUUGGCUGGAUGUCGUUUGGGUGGUGGACCAUUCUUGAUACACACGGGAAACUGUUGAGCGUGAAAAACCCAGCAGCGUUGCAGUUCUUGACACAAACCGGUGCGUCUGGCACCUACUGUCAUACCCCGUUCAAAGGCACUUAAAUCUUUUGUCUUGUCCAUUCACCCUCUGAAUGGCACACAUACACAAUCCACAUACACAAUCGAGGCUUAAAAAUCCUUCUUUAACCGGUCUCCCCCCCUUCACCUACACUGAUUGAAGGGGAUUUAACAAGUGACAUCAUAGGAUUCACCUGGUCAUUCUAUGUCAUGGAAAGAGCAGGUGUUCUUAAUGUUUUGUACACUCAGUGUUGUUGCAAGUGAUGAAACACUACACAUUAGCUGUUCCCAUAACAUAACCUGGCACAUUUAGCCCUAUUCUAACCUUGGCAUGUGACACUGAUUACUCCCGGUAACAAAUUCUGCGUCAUACUAUCAAAGAUCUUAGACUUAAUAUCCACCAACCAAUGGCACUUCUUAAAAUGUGUCAAUUUGGCCACCAGAAGGAUAUUUUCAACCUCCAAAUUCAAGGUUUACUUUUGUUCUGCUUGGUGUGUGUCUCGAGUGUAGAGAGCCAAUUGCACGAUGCACCUUCGACCACGCUAUUAGCGUUAGACAAACAGUCCAAAGAGCUGUUGGACUAGUCAAAUAGCUGUCGUCGUUGCUGUUUGGGGACACACAUUGCUAAAGCGGUUGACUCUAAUAUUACAGUGCACAUUAACUGUGGGUUCGAAGCCCCGUUGCGUCAAACCAUUUUUGUUCAGGAAAUCUUAUGUUCACUGCUGGUCCUCGAUGCGCGAUUCAAAUAACCAAAUAGAAAAAGUGGAUGAUUUAUAAUAAUGCAUAACAAAAUGUUGUACAUGUAAGUCCAGCCUACACGCCUAAAUAAAUAACGAUUAUUAAUGUAGCGGUGUCAGGAGCCUGUGUGUCAGUCUGCAAGACGGACUCCAACAAGAAGCUCCUCAUUAAAUGUAUUCGCAAUAUAAAUGGACAAGGUUUUGUCUGCACUGCUAUUGUCAACACACAAACUGUAAUUCUACAUUUCAAGGCGGGGGAGGGGCGACGACGACUAAUGUUGAGAUUCAAGCCCUUGCAACAUUUACACAGAGAGCUAUUUGACCAGUCACUCAAACACACAUCAUCUAGUUGCUUUUGAUGAUCGCAACAUGCCUGUUGUGGACUUCCGUUAAGGACGCGUUCGUGAACAAGUGUUGGAUCACGUCCCAAUCCAUGUCAACGAUUUUCAUUGGCUGAUACGGAAUUUGAACCAGGUGUUAUGAUACUGAUGCUUUUCUCGCCACAGACGGUUUGUUUACAUUUCCACCAUUGUGGCUAGAUGGAGUAGACCUACGGUGGUCGAGUCGGGGACAACAGUUGUUGACAGCUGUAGCGUUCUAGUUAAGCCUAACCCCCCACCCCCCUUCUUAACCUUAACUUCAUUCUCCUAACCUGCUGCGUUAGUUAUCCUUAAAAACAAAUCAUCAGCGUCACCGCAUGGGGUAUAAUGACGGGUAGCUGUGCAGGUUAGCAGAGGAUAAAGUCUGCCAGGUUAUCUGAUAAGAACAGCUGAAGUCGAGCGUUUGAUCAAUUGGCUGGUGUGCAGUUUGAGACGGAGAAACCUGUUCUGAUGUUCGCCAGUACGGCCCCGGUAAGUCUUAACUGACAUCACGGGUAAGUUGUCGUUGAGAGUUAUACACACGUUUAUUGAGGUAGAGAACAUUUUUAAAAAGUCAGAACAUCAAAUAAAAGAUCAAACUGAACUAAACUAUCUCCACAUUUACAGUUUUCAGAUUUGUGUUUACUGUGGUUUAUAAAUCUGUAGUUGUCAAACACAUAAUCCCCUUUCAGAUCUGAAGUGUUCAGGUGUACCGGUAUUUGAAUGUCUUCGCCUGCAACUAGAAGGCUUCCUGUUGAUAGUUGUGCUCCCUGAGUGUCCUUGUCUCUUGUAGCAUCAGCUGUGUUCUUUGUCUAGUUGUGUCCAUUUUUUUUUUUGUUGAUUAUAAUGAAAAGCGGUUUACAGAUGUAAUUUGUUAUGAACUAAUCACUCCUAUUGAUUACAUGAUAGACAAUCACUCCUAUUGGUCUUUCUGGUAUCCUAUUGAUUACACCAUAGACAAUCACUCCUGUUGAUUAGUCUUCUGGAACAAGUCUCUCAUUGAGGACGUGUAUAACAACAACCCAUGCAGAGUUAGACUCUAAACCAAAGCCUCACAUGGAAAUGAAAAAACCCUGCAGGGGGAUAGUCCAUCCAAGAACCAAUGGGAUAUUCCAUUUGUUGUUCCUGGAUGAGAAGGGUUAGUCCCAUGACUGCCUGAACACCAUAUGAUACAUGGAGAUGCUCCCCUAUCCCAUCGCUCAGAGCAGCCAGCCAGCAGCAGAGCUGAGAGUCUUAAUUAAAGUAUCAAUCUUUUUUUUUUGUUUUUGUACCUCAAUCUUUGUUUUCCUACCUUUUUUGAGAAUUAAUGCGUUUGUCUUCUGAAUUCAAAUUCAGACUUUACAGAUGGAAAGCCUGUGGCUGGGGUGAAAAUCUUUAAAACUUCCCCGUCAAUACAACAUUCUGCUCUCUCCGAGGGCUGUGUGUUGUGUUGAGACAUGCUAAGGCCAGAUGGCCCACAUAAAUAAUAGGCUACUGGACAUCAUCCUUCACUGAGCGUUGGUUGGCUUUUAAUUUCCCCCUGGAAUCGUCCCAGGCUAAUGAUCCAUGCCUCUGCUCCCUAAGGUGGGCCAGAGUGCAGAACACCUCACUGCUUAUCAGGAGCAUACACUGGGUUCAAAUAAUUUAACAUCAUUUGAAAUACUUAAACUGAGCUUAAUUAUUCUAUUGCCCCCGGCAAGCUCAAUCGCAAAAGUGCAAACCCAGCCCAUCUGGCACUCCAGACAGGCUAAAGCAAACAUUACAAAUAUCUAAAAGAUUUCGAAUAGUAUUUGAACCCAGGUCUGGCUGGUAGUGUAGUGGAGAGAGCAGAUUGCCUCACUUAGUGCUCCUCAAUGGGCAGAUUGCUGUAUUUCCUAUAAUAUAUUACAUCUCGGCGAUGAGAAGACCAGGCAGAAUAUAUAAAUGGAUCGAAAUAUAUUGACAAUAAUGACGAUGCCUUUGAGUUAGGACACUAAGGAAAAUGGUUAAGUGGCUUGUUGUCGAUGAACAACGAUUGUGUUCUUUUGAAUUAUACAUUGUUUGAAUUGUGUGACGGAUUGUAUAAUAUAACCUCGUCCCUACCGACUUCCCCUGAACAGUCCCUGAUAGGUCCUCCUCCUUGACAUAGGAAUAUGGGACACAACAAGCACAAAACCACAUUGACCAUAUUCCACCGCAUCCUACUCAGGACCCACCGGAAACACACACACGCUGGAGUUAUUUCCAGCCCACCUCAAAACACCCAUCCUCAUCAUCGUUGUCACGCACACCCACAGUACAGUAAUAAAACACAAGGUAAAAGGCGGGAGUUCCUACGGGGCUCUACCACCCCAGCUCAACGAUUGUAUUUAGUGCAAGCCACAAGCUGUUACUGAAGAUAUACCCCCCCCAUAACCAUGUACCUUGGUGCUUAACAAUGGGCUGUAGCUGUGUAUAUAGUUAUUUUGAGUUGUUUACUUUUAUAUGUGGAAGUCUUCUACAGUUCUUAAUGUUUUACUGAGAGAGAGAAGGGGACCGGUGUGUGAGACUGGGGACUCGAUUACAUCCCUACCGCUGAAGUUCAGCGCUCUGGCGCGAUUGACAUUUAAAGGGAACGCUCCCAUGUUCGUGGCGACUGCAUGCACCGCUGCAUAUGCCGCCUCAAAUUGGAAAGGACCAUCGCAUUUGAAUUGCGCUACAGUGCUGAACUUGUAUGAUUUACGGAUCGACUCGAGCCCUAUGAACAAUUUAGAAAACUGGGAAUUCAAUUUGCGAGCCUGCAGCAGCUCUGAAACAGGAGUGGGAUCUGGUUACGCCCGGCGAGAGCGAGGUUCGCAGGAUUUUUAUUGCUGAACUGAACGUUUUCGUCGCCUGUCUGUGCUCUAGGUAGCUGCAGCGCGUAGUUCAGCGUUAAGUCGGUCACAGUAUGGGAGAUGGGCUUUCCACUUGUGACAGACUAUCACUUGUUACAAGCUCGCUCUCGAGGAUCUCAGCCCAUCAGUGUUGUCCAAUAUCCUGACUGUCGAUCGAAGCUUUUUGGUUCUGAAUGUACAACGUUGUUGUUGAGUAGAAUGUAUAACCAUAGCAGAGCUACAGUACUUGCAUUUUUGUAGAGGCACAUAUAAACAAAUAUAUAUGAUAAACAUGUAUACAUCUAUAAAUCUUUUUUAAACUACUUGUGUGUGAGUCAUUUGGGCAUUUCCUGCCUGGUUUGUGUUUACAUUUUAAUUUCUAAAGUUCUUUAAGCUUUUGGCGUCUUCUGAGUGACAGACCCCUCCCCUCAUCUUUCUGUAAAUAGAAUCUUCCACUUAAGUUGAAUUAUUUUGACUACGGAGUUAUAUUUGUGCCAUUAAAAUCAAGUAAAGGUUUAGCAUUUUAUUGGCACAAAAGUAACUCCAUAGAAAGCAGCCUAACUUGUCGGGAGUUGUGUGCCUCUCGCACUUUGUUCGAUCACGUGGCAUCAAAUAAAUGAUCCAUUUGAGUUAUGAAGUCACUAUCAACAAGGUGGUCUAAUGCAAAGUGACGAUUGUGCACAAACCUCUGAGCGAGCGGCACUUCAUUCGAAAUGACGGCAGUAGAUGUUUUCUAGCUGUGGUAUUAAAUUAUUAGUCGCAAAAUCACCAUGGUGAUAUGUAUUUUGUCACUGUAUUUGCCAUAAUUUAUGCUUGACAAAAUAAUCAUUAAAAAAAGUACUGAAUCUUC